AUGCAAGAAAAAAAGUUUCGACUUCGAGCCGCUUUGUGGUAUGAUUUUAAACAGGGAAAAUCCGCGGCUGAAUCCCAUCGGACAAUCAUUGAAGUUUUUGGGGAAGACAGCAUUAGCGAAAGACAAUGCCAAAUAUGGUUUCAGCAGUUAAAAGAUGGAAACGAAAGUCUCCAAGACGAGGAACGGUCUGGACGACCCCAAGAGAUUUCAGAUGAGGAUUCGCUUGAUGCCAUUGAACUCAAUCCAACCCUUACCACUCGAAACUGUCACCGC